AAUAUAAUGAAGUAUUCCAAUGCUAUCCAUGGAGAAUUUCAUUCUAUCGCAGAUGUGUUCCAGAACAGAAGUAACAAAAUAAGGCCUAAAAUCAAGAUAAAGGACCUUGAUGAGAUUGAAGUGAAAACUAAGCACACUGCAGGAGAAGAAUUGGUAGAUAAGAGUCUGAUCUUCUUGUCAAAGAAAAAUUUUAUAAGAAAAUUAUGAAUCAAAAUUAUAUAUUGGAAGCCAUUUGAUUGGUUUAUUAUAUCCUUAAUUGUUAUUAACUCCUUAAUGCUGGGAAUGAUGGAUUAUACUGAUGAAAAUAAUACAAGUUGGAGAAACAAGAUUGUGAAUAAAUCUGAACCUAUUUUUAUAGUCCUCUUUACACUGGAAUGCAUCAUUAAAGUCAUUGCUAUGGGCUUUAUUGGCGGGAAGGGAACAUACCUCAGAGAUUCCUGGAAUUGGCUUGACUUUGUAGUAGUAAUUACAAGUUUAUUGAGUUUGCUACCAUCUUUUUCAAAUUACUCAAGUAUUAGAACUUUUAGACUAUUCAGACCCUUGAGAAGUCUCACGUCCUUGGGAUCAAUGAAACUUCUGAUCGGUACAUUACUUUCAUCAGUAGUUGGAUUAGGAGAAAUACUUAUUUUUGCAUUUUUCUUUCUGCUUAUUUUUGCAAUACUUGGUAUAUCCCUUUGGGCUGGUGAAAUUCAUUAUCGUUGAAGAAUAACUCCUGCUCCUGUAAAUGGAGAUUGGAUUGUCGCUCCUGAUGAUUUUACAACAUGAGGCGACCGUGCAUGACCUGAAGGAACUUACUGUGGUUCUUUGAUUGACCAGCAUGAUACUCAUGGAACUGUUAAUGUAUCCGAUUUAUAUCGAGAUACAAAAAUUGAAAACCUCAAUUGGGGCUUCACUAACUUCGACAAUAUUGCUUAUGCAUUUUUAACUAUCUUUCAGGUAACUACAAUGGAAGGAUGGACUAAUAUUAUGUAUAUCUAUCAAAAUUCAUCAUCCAGAUAUAUAGCUCCAUUGUAUUUUAUAUUUUUGCUUCUGGUUGGGUCAUUCUUUGUUUUAAACUUAACAAUUGCCAUCAUGCUUGAUAAAUAUGAAGAAAUAUCCUCUUCUCACGGAGAUCAAGAAAUGAUCAAUGAGCUCGUUGAUCUUGGUAAAGAGGCAGGAUUGCCUAAUGAGCUCACAGAGUUUUUAAUUAACCAUGAUAUAACUGUUAAAAAGAAGAAACAAAGUAAGGAAAGUUGGAAGGCCAAUCUAAAAUUGAUGUUGUAUGAGAACUUUAUAUACAAUUCUGAUGUUGUUAUUCCAAAUGGUAAAUAUCAUUCGUUUAAGUUUACAAGAUUUUUCUUCCUUCUUGUAGAAGCCCCUCUGUUCAACUCGUUUAUAUUCCUCUGAAUCAUUGUCAACACUAUUCUGCUUGCGUUGGAGAAAUAUCCAGAAUAUGAUGAUAGUGUUACUAACUUCUUGGAUAUCUGCAAUCUAGUGUUUACCAUAAUCUUUGCUUUUGAGGUUAUCUUGAAAAUCAUUGGGAAAGGAAUGAAAGAAUUUUCAAGAGAUCGAUUCAACCUAUUCGACACGCUGAUCGUAAUAUUCUCUGUCCUUGAGUUGUUCAUUUCAAGUGGGAACUCAAGUUUUUCAGCUCUAAGAGCUUUCAGAUUGUUCCGAAUUUUCAAAAUCUUCCGAGUUGGGAAUCUCAGAGUCUUACUGGACUCCAUCACAAUGACAGUUGGAUCUAUUGGCAAUUAUGUUGUUCUUUUGGUGUUAUUCAUUUAUAUCUAUGCUUUGCUAGGAAUGCAGUUCUUUGCAGGGAAAUUAAAAUUUGAUGAAGACGGAAACCAUGACACAGUCAACGGUACUUCUAUUCGUGAAAAUUUUGAUAACAUUGGGUGGUCAUUUCUCACAAUAUUUAAGAUUCUUAUCGGAGACAACUGGAAUGUGAUUAUGUAUGACUGAAUGCGUGCUGUAGGAGAUAUUUCAGCUCUAUACUUUAUAUCCCUGGUGGUAAGUGGGAGUAUCAUUAUGCUUAAUCUUUUCCUUGCAGUUCUACUUGGAAAUUUCGACAAUGCAAGAGUCUAUAUGAACAAAAAGAAGCUUUUAUCUGAACUACAACUAUGUAAAAAGAAAGGAAUGGGAUUAAAAGAGAGUUUGAGAUUUGUACUUGGGAAAGUUUCAGAACAAGUCAUUGCCUAUACUGGGAUAUUGGGCUCAAAGAAUAAUAAAGAAUCAAUAAAUAAGAUAGUCUUUAAAAGAGAAAAUACAAUUAGUAGUGUUACGAGUAAAGCACCUGGCAUUGGGCUGGAGAACGAUUUUAGAAGUUCAAAAGACUCUAAGUUUGUAAAAAUGUCUUCACUCCCUGUACCUCCAAAAGUUAUUCUUCCUCAAGCUCCUUCUGAGAUUAUCCCUGAGUUAGAAGAAGAUGAUCUAAACAACUCAAAUAAUUCUAAAGAUGAUUUAUCAUUAAGAGCUCUAGAGAAUAUUCCAUACAACUCCAAAGAUGAAGAAGAGGAGAAAAUUAGCAAAAAAAAGAAAAGAAAUGACGUCCCAGCCAAUCAACAGGAUGGAAGAGCGUAUGAUGAGAGAAUGGACCAGAAGUCGAAUAAAGUUACUCCUAAAUCUAGAACUGAUAAUAAAAGUGCAAUGCUACUGAGAAGCAAAACAUCAAGACAAGAUAUGUCCUCAAUAUUGCAUAUUGAAGAAGAGGAGAAAAUGAAGGCUAAUGGAUACAAGUUUGCAAACUUAUCGAGAGCGAAAGAUCCUUCUUCAAAGUCUUCAUGAAAAAUGUCAGAAAUUAUGGAAGAAAACCCAAUAAGUGAAGUUGACAGAAUCCAAAAAGACAGUUAUUUCAGUUUUAUGAAAACCUCAUCUCUAUUUAUUUUUAAUGAGAAAUGGGAGAUGAGAAAAUUCUUACUAACCCUUGUGCUUGGCUCUGAAAACUUAAUCGAGCUUGACCAAGCAUUGAAAAAUUCAGAGGAGUUUGGAAUCAAAAAUCUUCAGAAAUCAUACCAUAUCAAGAAUUUACAAAUAGUUGAAGGGAAGUUACUCACUGAUGCACAACAUAUUAAAUAUUCUAAGAUUUUUGAGUCGAUAAUCAUUGGGCUGAUUCUAGCCUCAUCCAUACUUUUAUGAGUAGAUACUCCUUUGUCAAACCCAGACUCUAUAUUCUUUAUUGUGCUAAAGAACUUAGACUAUGUGUUCACCUUUCUGUUUCUUGUUGAAGCUAUUUUAAAGAUUAUUGCUCUAGGGUUUGUGCAUAAUAAUUUUCCUGGAAUAUCUCCAUAUAUACUGAACGCGUGGAAUAUUCUCGACUUAUUUGUAGUCAUUAGCUCAUUGAUAGACUUUGGAUUCACUGUUUCCUCUAGUGGCCCUAAUACAGAACAGCUGAAAAGCCUUAAGGCUUUGAGAGCAAUUCGAGCAUUGAGGCCUUUGAGAAUGAUUAGUAGAAAUGAGGGUCUUAAAAUAUCAAUAAACGCUCUAAUUUCAUCAAUUCCAGCUAUGGCUAAUGUUCUUCUUGUUUGAAUACUAUUCUUACUGAUUUUCGCUAUUAUGGGAGUAGAUUUCUUCAAAGGGGCGUACUACGCUUGCGAAGAUCUGAGCAAUGAAGUACUCCAAACCAUCGAAACUAAGCAAGACUGUAUAGACCAGGGAGGCAGCUGGAAAAACUACCAUGUUAAUUUUGACAAUACAAUUAAUGCAAUGUUUACUCUAUUCCAAAUGACAACUACUGAAGGCUGGAUGAGUGUUAUGAACAGAGGCGUUGACACCAGAGGUAUAGACAAGCAACCUGAAACUAAUUAUCAUAUCUGGAUGAUCUUCUAUUUUGUGUGGUUCAUGGUGAUAGGUUCUCUGUUUAUCAUCAAUUUAUUUGUUGGUGUCAUCAUUGAUAACUUUAAUAAGAUAAAAGAGUCAGAAGAAAUAGGAGGUAAAGGACUCUUUAUUACAGAAAAUCAAAAGAAAUGGGUUGAGAUUCAGCAUAUUAUGCUAAGACAAUCCUUGAGAUUUAAAGCUCCAGAACCAAAGUCUAAAUGAAGGAAAAAGGCUUAUUUCCUUGUCAAUCACCGUUAUUUUGAAGUUUUUAUCAUGAUAUGAAUUUUAUUGAACACUCUUUUAAUGUCAAUGAGAUAUGCAAGAAUGUCAGACACUUAUGAGUUCACUUUAGAAACAAUCAAUUAUGUAUUCAGCAUUAUCUUCAACAUUGAAAUGAUCCUCAAAAUGAUAGGCAAUGGGAUCCAUUAUUUUAAAGGAGCUUGGAAUAAAUUUGAUUUUUUGAUAGUAGUUGGGACGGAUAUUGGUUUCAUGAUCAAUAUUUUUAUCGGUGUAAAUAUCUCAACAGCUGCAACUGUGGUCAGAGCAUUUAGAAUCUUGAGAAUCUUCCGAUUGAUGAAGUCCUUUGGAAAGAUGAUACUAGACGCUUUGGUAUACAUUAUCCCUCAGAUUACCAAUAUCAUGAGUCUUAUCUUCUUACUGCUUUUUAUUUACUCUUGCCUUGGAAUCUCUUUGUUUGCACCUGUAAUGUAUAGAGAAAAUUACAACAGAUUGAGUAAUUUUAGGAACUUCUUUUUCUCAAUAAUCAUCCUACUCAGGUGAGCUACAGGAGAAGAUUGGAACUUGGUCAUGAACGAUCUUGGAAGUACAAGCGAAUUUGAAGGAGUGAAAUGACAAAAUGCCCAAACAUAUGAUGAAAUGCAAAGAGAUGAUGUACUUGGUUGAGGAUCUGACUUUUCAAUUCCCUACUUUACCACUUUUGUAUUGAUAAUUACAUUCAUUGCUAUGAACUUGACUGUGGCUGCUGUAAUUGAUGGUCUCUCUUCCGCUAGAAAAGACGAAGGUGCUCUGAUUAGUAGUGAAAAUAUUAACACAUUUAUUGAUUUAUGGUCUGAUUACGAUCCAAAAGCUACUGGAUGGGUCUCUAUUGAUGCUUAUGUUUUCUUAAUUUUUGAGCUGCCAAAACCUAUAGGACUUGGAAGCGAAGUACCUACAAAUUAUAAACAAAAUUACGAUAUUAUGUACAAGGCUAGAAUGCAACAAAACUCAAUAGAAGCUUUGGUAGAACUUGGGGAAGAAAUACAAAACGGAGAACAUUUAAAAGAAUGAAGAGAGAUAUUAAUAAUCAAAGACAAAGAACACAAUAAAAGAUACUUCUAUCAUCUGAAGAAGAAGAUAUUACUGCGGGAAGGACUCUGGCUUAAGAUUCUAAAGGAUUUCAAUAUUCCAGUAUAUGAUGACGGGCGGGUACACUUCAAGGAUGUGUGUAAAAGGUUAAUUAAAUAACUCUUCUCACAAUGAAAAGCUUGACGGAAUCCUCAAAAGGAAGUUGAGGAAGAAGUGGGAUAGUAGGUAUAAAAAUGUAUCAAAGCAAGACAUUGUAUCGACAGUUGAUAAGAUCAUUGUUGCCAGGAUUAUAUCAAAAUGGAUAAAAUAUAAGAGAGUCACCACUAGAAUGAGUCAACAAAAAGGAAUAUCUAUUGAGUUGCUCAAUUAUAGACGAAGCAGAGGAAGUAUUCCAGAUCUUAUUCCUCAUGCUAAACCUCCGACUGGAGUGAGUCCAAAUAAAGAAAAUGAUGAAUCAUUUGCUAUCUCAGAUGAGGAUAGUUCAUCUAAAAUAGUUCCCAAAAAUAUGAAUCAUUUCGAGGAAGAGGAUAAUAAUGAGGAGAUGAAUACAUUAGAUCCUCCUCGAAAGCAAUAUGUUGACACUGAAGGGAGACUAUCAGACAGAAAUCAGGAAGAAGAAACUUAUAGACUGGAAUUCCCUGAAGAGAGCAAAGAGGAGAUUAUUCAGGAAUGCUUUAUGGACAAAACUAUUCCUAAUUAUGCUAAAUAUCAGAAGAAGGUGAAGAAGAUUGCACCGAAGAAGGAAGCUCAACAAUUUUCAUUUUACUCUUCUAUCAAUCAUAAAUAUCAAGGAGAAGAAGAUGAUGACUUAAGUCUUGAAGAGGCCAAGGAGAUUAAAGAAUAAACCUUCUGCAUAAUGUGUGCAUAAUU